AUGUAUCGGCACGAGUUUCGUUGCACUAGAAACCUUGGGAGAAAACAAACGUCUGUGUCGGUGUCAACUGAACUGUCGGUUGCUGUCAUCAGAUCUCAGCGAGAAAUCACUGCAAUUAUAGCUGGUACUAGACUUAUAAAUCGCUUCUAUGAAGUAGGGCGUCUGCAAGCCUCUAUGUCUAGUUUCUUCAUCACAGUCGUCCAGCUUCACUCGGAUCGCAAUCCCAAUGAGCUUUUAUCUGAUCCAUUGAUGUGUGGAUGA